AUAACAAUUGACGAAGUAGUUCAAUUCUAGUAGACACUGCAUUGAGUUAAGCUAAGCUAACAAAGCACAAUACUUAGUAAUCAGUAAUUGGUUUACCUCGGAGCUCGCGAAGUAAUUAGAACUCGAAACCCUCUUCUUAUAAGUAAAGAGCAAAAAAUAAAGUAGUGAUUUGCUUAUUUGUUUUGUAAGGUUAGGUCAGAGAAUGAACCCUCUAAUGGAUUUUGUCUAGUUUAUGCUGUUGUGCAUUGCUCUUACUUGUUACUUGCAAAAAUUAUCAAGAUGUUUAUAUACUAUAGGGCCUAAGUGUAUUACUCAUAGUUAAUACACCUGUAUUCAUGCAAAUGUUGUGAAAUGCAUUCCAGAAAAAUUUCCUCAGCCCAUGCUCUAGAAGAACCAACAACAAUGUCAAGAAGUUACAUGUGUCAAUUUUGCAGUUAUUUGUUCACAUCUAAAAGCAAUUGUUUGAGACAUGAAAAAAAUUGUGCAAGCAAUCAUCUAAGAGAGCCCAAUAUGUUUUACUGUCCUAAUUGUAAAAUUGGCUGCAUCAGAGAAGAUAAUCUCAGAGUGCACGUUAAAAAAUGCUUCUCCAAAGAAAAUGGGACUGGUAAGAAGAGCAAAACUCCCUGUCUGAUUGAAGAAUGUAAUUUUGAAUUUUACCACAAAUCAGCUCUGAUUAAUCAUAUAAGGCACAGUCAUCCAGAUAUUUCUGUAAAAGAACCGAUCAUAAAAACAUUUCAAACUUUUGAGGAGUUCCUUCAGUGGAAAGAUUCAGAGGAGGAAAGUACAUGCUCUUAUUUCACUCAGAAAAAUGGUAUGUCUAACCAUGAUAAAAUUUCGAAUCUGUACUAUUACUGCCAACACGAUGGGUCUGCCAAAGAUCAUUCCGUAAGGAAAACAAAUAAAUGUGCGAGAAGAGGGCGAAUUAAAGCAGGCCACUUUUGUAUUGCCAAAAUGAAGGUGUGGGAAGACAAAAAUAAGACCUUCGUUCUGCAAUACUUUCCGACGCACAGUCACCAAUACGGUCCAAAACAUUUGAACUACAAUCCACUUCCUGAAAGUACGUCAACUUCUACAAACGAAGAAAUAGCAGAAGAAGUGUCUCCAAUUGAAGUAUUUAAAAAAAUAACUCCAACAUAUGAUUGCAGAAACAGAGAAAAUGUCAAGACUAGAAGAGGGAAUGUGCUCACAAAACAAAAAAUAAGGGAGAAAGCUAGAAGACUCUAUAUGUCCCUUAGAUUAAAUAAAGAUAGUGCUAACCCCAAGUUACACCCUCUUUUAACCAGGGGAAAACCAAUCUUCAGAAUACAUAAAUUAAAUGAAGAUUUGGAUCAGUGUAAUGAACAUCUCCUACAACCAACUGAAGAAAACAAUGCAUCCGACAGAUUUAACUCCAUUGUUUCAAGAUUGGAAACCAACAUGUCUGUAAUCAACAAUUUUGUUGCAUCUGCCAAACAGAAAAAAGUAGAAGAACAUGUGCUGUCACAUAUGAAUUGUGUUUUGUCAAAUCUUGUUCUUCAGUUGCAAAGUUAUGAAUCUGACAAAAGUUACAAAAUACAGGGUAAUCCUAUGGAGCUUGUUACAUUCCGUCCACAAGAAAAGUUAAAAACACAACUAUCCCAAUAUCUUGCUUUCAAAAUGCCUAAAUGUAAAAGGAAAACACAGUUUGAUUCAGUUGAUGAGGCUGAAAGUAAAUAGGCAGAGGUCAACAAUCAACAGGCUCGUUUAUCUGAUACUGAUAAAAAAUGAAAACAUUUCACAAGACGUUAAGGAGCGAAUGGAGUACCUGAGAAAUGCUUAUGGAGUUUGUUGGUGGAUUAUUGCCGAGUUCCAGGAGUUCCCAGUCUUUGUGAUAAUUUGAGAAGAUAAACGUAAUAGUUACGAUAAACUGGUAAUAACGCUAUGUAAAAAACAUGUGAUCUAACAAGCCAAAGAAAGAAAUGUAUU